AUGAAGACUCCUGGAGCUGAGCUGCUGCUGCUGCUACUGCAGCUGCUGCUGUGGUCUUCCUCAGGCCUGCUUGUGGUCACAGCGGAGAGCGGAGGAGCCCACCAAGAAGAUGCUGCUGCCGCCCCCACCCAACAGACCUGCCAGCCAGACAUCCACGCUGUGUUGAGAGAGAUGAGUGCCCUAUUGGCAGAACAGAGAGUGGAACUCAGGCACGCCAAGACACAACUGGAGGCCACGGAGAAGAGGGCAGAAGCCAUGGAGGCCAGGCUGAGAGCCAGCGAAGAGAGGCUGCAGGAGCAGAGAGGUGGCGGAGCUGAGGAGCAACUGGGAGCAGUUUUGGGGAACGUCAUUAGCAACAUUGGAAGCGCCUACAACCCAAACACAGGGGUGUUCACAGCGCCGGUGCGAGGAGCCUACCACUUUGUCUUCUUCCUGUUAGGAGACGGCCAUGCGUCUAACCCGACAGGAGCCUAUCUGUACAAAAAUGACAAAAGCACCGUCAUUGCAUACAGCAAGCAGGAAAGUCCGCAUGUUAAGCCAUCCAAUGGAGUGACUCUGCUGCUGGAGGUUGGGGAUGUGGUCUUCUUAAAGCUCUAUCCCAGUGCCUGGGUGAGAGAUAACGGCCUCUACCACACCACCUUCUCUGGACAUCUGCUCUUCAAGAUGUAGGCCUAACACAAAUACAGACAAGUGCGAUCCUUCCCUCUGAGGUUUCAGUGUUAAUUUCAGCUCUACCUCUAUUGUGAGGCGACCUGGCUUGUUAAAAAAAUAUAUAUGGUAAAUGAUGUAGCCCAACUUUCAGAUGACAUUAAUGUAUAUUUUUCUGUAGGUUAAGAUUAACAUUAACAUUAACAUUAUGUUGUCUAAAAAGUACACAUUGGUGUUAAUUUUGUAUAAUGUACUAUGUCAAAUUAACCAAAACAAUUUGCUUACGUAGGCCCACUGAUACACGUCACUGCAGG